CCUUCCCUACAUCCAUGACUCCUAUAAGCAGCCUUGGGCCUUUCCAAGGUAGUCUAGCAUGGCUUUCCUCUCUCCAAAAACAAAGGCCUUAGGCUGCUUCCUUCUAUUCUCCCUCUUCCUCUCUUCCUUCUCAAACAAAGCCGCGGCAACUGAUGUUGCCCCGGAGAUUGACGAUCUUCCCCCUCAAUUCGAAUACGAAAUCGAACUUCACAUCACCUUCGCCAAUGCGAGGCUAAAGAAAGCAUACAAGGCCUUCCAGUCAUGGAAACAAGCAAUUUACUCUGACCCAUUUAACAUGACCAGCAAUUGGGUCGGAGCCGAUGUUUGUUCCUACAACGGCGUGUUUUGUACCCCGGCUUUGGAUGACCCUACAGCUACCGUUGUUGCUGGGGUCGAUCUUAACCACGGUGACAUAGCUGGCAGCCUACCGUCUGAACUCGGCCUUUUGACAGAUGUUGCUUUGUUCCACAUUAACUCGAAUAGGUUUUGUGGCGUCAUUCCUGAUACCAUCAGCAAUCUUACGCUUAUCAGCGAAUUUGAUGUCAGCAACAAUCGAUUCGUCGGUCCAUUCCCAAAGGUUGUUUUAGGGCUACCGAAUUUAAGGUACCUUGAUCUAAGGUACAACGAGUUCGACGGUCCAUUGCCUCCGCAACUCUUUGAGAAACCCAUAGAUGCCUUGUUUGUGAACAACAACCGUUUCACUUCCACAAUCCCCGAUACCAUAGGAAAGUCUUCAGCAUCCGUGGUGGUGUUCGCUAACAACGGUUUUAGCGGUUGCAUCCCUAAGAGCAUUGGGAACAUGUCAAACUUAGACGAGAUCAUUUUCAUGAACAAUGACAUGGGCGGUUGCAUACCCGAGGAACUCGGGUCCCUUCGACAGGUGACCCUCAUUAAUCUGGCUUACAACGACUUCGUCGGGGUCUUACCGAAAGGCUUAGGAAGGCUAGAGAGCAUUCAAGUAUUGGAUUUCGCAGGAAAUGAGCUGACAGGAGCGAUUCCCGACACCGUUUGCUCCUUGCCAAGCUUGAAAAAUUUUACGUUUGCCGACAAUUAUUUCAAGAGAGUAGGACAGACAUGCUAUUCGCAUUCGAAGGACGUUGUGGUGGAUGAUAAAAUGAAUUGUUUGGAUGAUAAGUCAAAACAAAAAUCUAAGGAUGCUUGUUCAGCUGUGGCGAAUAAGCCUGUUGAUUGCAGCAAAAAGUGUAGGGGGGAUGGUGAUGAGCCCAGCCCAACUAUGCCAAAUCAUAGGCCAAAACCACCACCAAACCACCACCACCACCACACACCGUCCACCCCAAAACCUCAUCAUCCUCCAAAACCCACCCCAUCGUCGCCAAUUAACACCCCAAAACCACAACCUCCGCCGACAACAACUCCUCCUAAACCACAGCCUCCGCCGACAACUACAACUCCAAAACCCACGCCAUCGCCACCAAUUACUACCCCAUCAACACCGAAACCUAACCCACCACCAUCCCCGAAGCCAACCCUACCACCUACAUCUAGGCCUACCAGUCCCACACCAACUUCCGAACCGCCUAAGGCUUCCAUUCCACCUCCUACAGUCAAACCACCGACCAUAACCCCAUCUAGCCCUCCACUCAAAACCACCACACCUCCACAACCACCUAAGACUAAUUUCCCACCUCCUUCCAUUCCCAAGCCACCGCCUCCCUCACCUAACCCAUCUUUGGUUCCGACUCCAACACCGAUUUUGACCCCUCCAAGGCCAAGUCCGGUGCCAAAUCCAACUCCUAAUAAUCCAUCCAAACCAACUCCUCCAUCACAAACGCUUCCACCAACACCAGUUAAGUCCUCACCACCACCAUCACCGGUUAAGUCCUCACCACCUCCAGCUUUUUCACCUCAACCAUCUCCUGAACCGGUCAAACUAACUCCACCACCCAACGUAUUCCAAUCACCCCCACCACAUGUGCACUCUCCUCCACCCCCAGUUCAAUCCCCACCCCCAAUCGUUCACUCUCCUCCACCCCCGGUUCAAUCCCCACCCUCAAUCGUUCACUCUCCCCCACCCCUGGUUCAAUCCCCACCACCACCCGUCCACUCUCCUCCACCACCGGUUCAAUCCCCACCACCACCCGUCCACUCUCCUCCACCCCCAGUUCAAUAUUCACCACCUCCAGCACCAGUUCAAUCGCCGCCACCACCCGUCCACUCUCCUCCACCACCGGUUCAAUCCCCACCACCACCCGUUCACUCUCCUCCACCCCCAGUUCAAUAUUCACCACCUCCAGCACCAGUUCAAUCGCCACCACCACCCGUCCACUCUCCUCCACCACCGGUUCAAUCCCCACCACCACCCAUCCACUCUCCUCCACCACCGAUUCAAUCCCCACCCCCACCGGUUCACUCUCCACCACCACCAGUUCACUCCCCACCACCUCCAGUCCACUCACCCCCACCACCGACACCAUCCCCACCACCUCCAGCACCUGUUCACUCCCCACCACCACCACCUGUCUUCUCUCCUCCACCACCCGCUUUCUCACCCCCACCCCCUGUUCAAUCACACCCACCCCCAACACCAUCCCCAUCUCCCCCUCCCCCUGUCCUUCCUCCACCACCACCUCACUUCCAGGAUGUGGCUCUCCCACCAAACAUCGGUGCUGAGUACUCAUCACCUCCUCCGCCUAUGUUCCCAGGCUACUAAGAAGCAGAACACCACCACAUCUUUCUAUUAUCCUCGCCAUUUUCAGUUUCAAAGAACAAUUGUACAAUCUCACGUUGUAAGCUUGAGCUCCUUGGCAAGGAAGAUUGGUUGUUAAUCUGAUAUGCACUAAUAUUUAGAAGGAACAAACUUCCAUCAUUUGUUAUUUCUAGUUCUGAAUUCUUCAGUUUAUCUGUUAAUUGUCUAC